GGACUGGAUUAGGCUCCCGCCCUGCGGAAGGAUAACGGGUCACCAUGGAGAUGCCUGAGAAAGCGCCGAGACCUGGGGUCACGCCCCUCGCCUGCUUGCCCCGCCUCCCGCGCUGUGAUUGGCCGGCUUCUCCAGCCCCGUCGCGAUUGGCCUGCUGGCAGCCGUUGAGGUUUGAACUGCGAGUUGCGGGCUCUGCGAGCGCGGCGCCUGACUGAGGCGGGUCUCUGUGUCAGCCCGCCGAGGAUUGGCUGCCUUCUCCGUCAGCUUCAAAAAUACCUCGCUGUUUGGCGCGUUUUAUGCACCGGUGUUUUCGUCCUUCCUUUUCAGCGGCUCGAUCCCCAGUCGAAGAAGCAGCUGGUAAAGCAGUGGAAGAAAGAUGUCUUCCCAAAACUUUGAAUUCCGUCUGCCCUUAUCUCCAGAAGAGUUGUUGAAAAGUGGAGACAUAAAUCAGUAUGUUGUUCAGGAGGUACUGCCCAUCAAGCACCUGCCAUCUCAGCUUAGAGCCUUUCAGUCUGCUUUUCGAACUCGGGGGCCCCUUGCCAUACUGGACCACUUUGACACGAUCUACAGCAUUUUACAUCACUUUCGAAGUAUAGAUCCUGGCCUCAAGGAGGACACCCUGGAGUUCCUGACUAAAGUGGUGUCCUGCCACUCCCAGGAACUCUCAUCCAUCUUGGAUGACACAGCUUUGAGUGUGUCAGAUAGAAGCGCCCAUCUAAAUGCCCUCAAAAUGAACUGCUAUGCCCUGAUACGCCUCUUGGAGUCCUUUGAGAAUAUGACCAGCCGGACAAACGUUGUUGACCUGGACACCGGUGGGAAGGGUAAGAAAGCCCGAGCCAAGGCAGCUGUAGGCUUUGACUGGGAGGAAGAGAAGCAACCAAUCCUUCAGCUUCUAACACAGCUGCUGCAACUGGACAUUCGUCACCUAUGGAACCACUCAGUAAUUGAAGAGGAAUUUGUCAGUUUGGUUGUUGGCUGUGGCUACCGCCUUUUGGAGAACCCCACCAUUAGUUUCCAGAAGAACCGCCCCACCAGGGAAGCCAUAGCACACCUGCUUGGGGUGGCCUUGGUCCGUUAUAACCAUAUGCUCAGUGCCACCGUGAAGAUCAUCCAGAUGCUGCAGCACUUUGAACACCUGCCGUCCCCGCUGGUGGCAGCUGUGACACUGUGGGCAACGGAGUACGGAGUGAAGAGCAUAGUGGGAGAGAUUGUAAGAGAGAUUGGACAGAAGUGUCCGCAGGAGCUGAGCCGAGACACUGCAGGGGCAAAGGGCUUCGCAGCUUUCCUCACUGAGCUAGCAGAGCAAAUCCCAGCUGUCCUGAUGUCCAGCAUGUGCGUUCUGUUAGAUCAUCUGGAUGGCGAGAACUACAUGAUGCGCAAUGCUGUGCUAGCAGCCAUGACUGAGAUGGUACUGCAGGUUCUAAAAGGUGACCAACUGGAAAAAGCAGCCCGAGAAACCAGGGAUCAGUUCUUGGACAUCUUGCAAGCUCAUGGCCAUGAUGUCAACUCCUUUGUUCGAAGCCGUGUUUUGCAGCUCUUUACUCGGAUUGUCCAACAGAAGGCUCUCCCCCUGACACGCUUCCAGGCAGUGGUGGCCUUAGCAGUGGGACGUCUGGCAGACAAGUCAGUCCUCGUCUGUAAAAAUGCCAUUCAGCUGUUGGCCAGCUUUCUAGCCAACAAUCCCUUUUCCUGCAAGCUUAGUGAUGCCGACCUUGCUGGGCCACUGCAGAAGGAAAUCCAGAAAUUACAAGAAAUGAGAGCCCAGAGGCGCGCUGUGGCCGCAGCUGCAGCACUAGACCCAGAGGAGGAGUGGGAAGCCAUGUUGCCAGAAUUGAAGUCUACCCUGCAGCAGCUUCUAAAGCUUCCCCAGGAAGAGGUAGAGCAACAGAUCGCUGAUACGGAGACUGCAGAAGAGGUGAAAGGUCGCAUCCGCCAACUCCUCGCCAAAGCUAGUUACAAGCAGGCUAUUAUUCUCACUCGCAAAGCCACCAGCCACUUCCAGGACUCUGAACCCUUCAGUCACACAGCUGUGGAGGAAAACAGCUUCUUGAAUCUCUUGGGACUUAUCUUCAAAGAGCCUGCAGCUUGCACACAGGGGUCUUCUGGGGACACGGUCCCAGGGCUGAGUGGCAGUGAAGGCUCUGCCAGUGUGCCCGAGCCUGGGGGAUCAGAGAGGAACGCUGAGCUGGUGAAGCAGGAGAUGCUGGUGCAGUAUCUGCAGGAUGCCUACAGCUUCUCCCAGAAGGUCACAGAGGCCGUUGGCAUCAUCAGCAAGAUGAUGUAUGAAAACACAGCUACAGUGGUGCAGGAGGUGAUUGAAUUCUUUGUGAUGGUAUUCCAAUUUGGGGUACCCCAGGCCCUGGUUGGGGUACGCCGUAUGCUGCCUCUCAUCUGGUCUAAGGAGCCUGGUGUCCGGGAAGCUGUGCUUAAUGCCUACCGCCAGCUCUACCUCACCCCAAAAGGGGACUCGGCCAGAGCGAUGGCCCAGGCUUUGGUUCAGAACCUCUCUUUGUUGUUAGUGGAUGCCUCCGUCAGCACCAUCCAGUGUCUUGAGGAAAUUCUUUGUGAGUUUGUGCAGAAGGAUGAGAUAAAGCCAGCGGUGAUCCAACUGCUAUGGGAGCGGGCCACGGAGAAGGUCCCCUGCUCUCCUCUGGAGCGCUGUUCCUCUGUCAUGCUUCUUGGCAUGAUGGCACGAGGAAAACCAGAAAUUGUAGGAAGCAACUUAGACACCCUGGUGAAGCUAGGGCUGGGUGAGACGUUUCCACAGGACUACAGGCUGGCCCAGCAGGUGUGCCUUGCCAUCGCCAGCAUCUCGGACAGGAGGAAGCCGUCCCUAGGUGAACGUCAGCUCCCCUUCCGGCUGCCUCAGGAUCAUAGGUUGUUUGAACGACUUCGAGAGAUGGUCACAAAGGGCUUUGCUCACCCAGAUCCCCUCUGGGUCCCGUUCAAAGAGGUAGCAGUGACAUUGACCUACCAGCUGGCAGAGGGGCCUGAAGUGAUCUGUGCCCAGAUGUUGCAAGGCUGUGCAAAGCAAGCCUUGGAGCGGCUUGAGAAGAGUGCCACUGCGUCGUCAGACUCUAAGGACACUGUCCCCGUGCUCCCCACAUUCCUGCUGAUGAACCUGCUGUCGCUGGCUGGGGACGUGGCCCUACAGCAGCUGGUACAUUUGGAACAAGCAGUGAGUGGAGAGCUGAGUCGGCGGCGAGUUCUUCGAGAAGAACAGGAGCACAGGACCAAGGGCCCCAAGGAGAAGAAUACAAGCUCUGAAACAACCAUGGAUGAAGAGCUGGGGCUGGUCGGGGCCACUGCUGACGACACGGAGGCAGAGCUGGUCCGCAGCAUCUGUGAGCAGGAACUGCUGGAGGGCAAUCAGGUGCUGGCUGCCUUCAUUCCACUGCUGCUUAAAGUCUGCAACAACCCUGGCGUAUACAACAACCCGGAGCUCUCUGCAGCUGCCUCACUGGCCCUUGGCAAAUUCUGCAUGAUCAGUGCCCCUUUUUGUGACUCCCAGCUUCGCCUUCUAUUCACCAUGCUUGAAAAGUCUUCACUCCCUACUGUCCGGUCUAACCUCAUGGUCGCCACUGGCGAUCUGGCUAUCCGCUUCCCUAACCUGGUGGAUCCCUGGACUCCUCAUCUGUACGCCCGCCUCAGAGACCCAGCUCAGCAAGUGCGGAGGACAGCGGGGCUGGUGAUGACACACCUCAUCCUGAAGGACAUGGUGAAAGUGAAAGGGCAGGUGAGCGAGAUGGCCGUGCUGCUCAUCGACCCUGUGCCUCAGAUUGCUGCCCUGGCCAAGAAUUUCUUCAAUGAGCUCUCCCACAAGGGCAAUGCAAUCUAUAAUCUCCUCCCUGAUGUCAUCAGUCGCCUGUCAGACCCAGAGGGCGGGGUGGAGGAGGAACCCUUCCACACCAUCAUGAAGCAGCUCCUCUCCUACAUCACCAAGGACAAACAGACCGAGAGCUUGGUAGAGAAACUGUGUCAGCGCUUCCGCACAGCCCGAACUGAGCGGCAGUACCGGGAUCUAGCCUUCUGUGUGUCCCAGCUGCCCCUCACAGAGCGGGGUCUUCACAAGAUGCUGGACAACUUUGACUGCUUUGGAGACAAGCUGUUAGAUGAGUCUGUCUUCAGUGCUUUUUUGUCAGUUGUGGGCAAACUGCGUCGUGGGGCCAAGCCUGAGGGCAAGGCUGUAAUAGAUGAAUUUGAGCGGAAGCUUCGGGCCUGUCACACCAGAGGCAUGGAUGGAAUAGAGGAGCAUGAAGCUGGCCAAGGAGGCAGCCAGAGAGCCCUGUCUGCCAAGAAGCCCUCCACUGUCUCAAGACAACAGCCUCUGACUUCUGUGGACUCAGACAAUGACUUUGUCACACCAAAGCCUCGACGUACCAACCACCGUCGUCCCAAUACUCAGCAGUGCAAGUCCAAGAAGAAAGCCAAAAUUGUCUUCUCAAGUGAUGAGGCCAGCGAGGAUGAACUUUCAGCAGAGAUGACUGAAGAGGAGACACCCAAGAGAACCACCCCCAUCCGCAGAGCAUCUGCCCGAAGACACAGGUCCUAGGAGCUGUCUGUCUGUUCCUAUCCCUGCUGUGCAGGGUGUCUUAUCACAUGAUUUUGGAUUCAGUCCUCCUGUGAAAAAAUGUUUGUUGCCCCCUUGAUUUUAACAUGUAAAUGGUCUCUGCAUCCAAGACCUUUCUUUUAGAGCCUAUGUGA